AAUAGGAAAAGAAUUUGACUCAGAUUCCUGGGUUUCUUACCUUCCUGACGGCUGGCACUAGAGGUUACAGCUGCUGCCUCCAUAUAUUUUGGCAAAUUUCCGAAUCCCAUUUUCCUCCGGUUCUGUCCUAACCAAACAUCGGAGCAACCGCCCAAAUAUCCAUAUUUACCUGAUUAUAUGGACAGAAAAGAUGACCUGAGGGUAGGUGAACUGGUUUCACCAAUUCGCAAAACCAACGAUAGCCCAUGAUUCCAAGAAAGGCCAUCCCUAGGGAGACAAAAACAUGUACAGUAAACAACUCUUCAACUACAAAAGCCCUUGUUUUACAAUUUUAAUACUAAAGCGUCCCGCAUAAUCUUCAAUGGCGUGUGGGAUUGGAUAAAUUUUAUAGCCGAACCCACCUAUACUAUUAGGGAUAAUUGGACCGUCAACCAUUGUAAUUUGAAACACAAGUAGUUGCAGUAGGUUUGAAUCAGUAACGGUUGGUUCAUCAAACUCCCUCUCUCAAAGCAUGAGUCUUGCUAACAUAUAUUGCCAACUUGUCUAUAACUUUCAUGUUGUUAUAGCUCUCUAUCCUGAUUUAAACCAAGCCAAGUCUUCCACAAGCAAUUGCAAAGCAAAAUCUGGAGAGCUUGAAAAGCCUGUGUCUAUAAUGAAGUUGGCGGUGGCAUGCACAAUUAUGGUUACGACCCUCUUAGGGGUAGCCAUGGAUGGAUACGACUGCAAGGUCGUGCAGUUCAUCUUUGGUGACUCCCUCUCAGACGUCGGGAACAAUGACCGCCUCAGCAAGAGCCUUGCUCAAGCAAGCCUUCCAUGGUAUGGUAUUGAUUUCGGUAAUGGCUUGCCAAACGGGAGGUUCUGUAAUGGACGCACUGUUGCUGACAUAAUAGGUGAUAGGACAGGUCUCCCAAGACCACCAGCUUUUCUCGAUCCAUCUUUAACAGAAGACAUGAUACUGGAAAAUGGAGUGAACUAUGCCUCUGGAGGUGGUGGGAUUUUGAAUGAAACCGGCAGCCUCUUUAUUCAAAGGUUUUCACUCUAUAAACAGAUUGGGUUGUUUCAAGGAACACAAGAGCUGAUAAAAGCCAAAAUUGGCAAAGAAGCAGCAGAAAAUUUCUUUCAAAAAUCACGGUAUGUUGUUGCUUUAGGAAGCAAUGACUUCAUUAACAAUUACUUGCUACCAGUUUACAAUGAUGGAUGGAAGUACUCAGACGAGGGAUUCAUAAACUACUUAAUGGAAACCCUUAAAAGACAGCUCACGAUAUUGCACGGCUUGGGAGCGCGAGAGCUGAUGGUGUUUGGAUUGGGUCCCAUGGGUUGUAUCCCCCUUCAAAGGGUCUUAAGCACAUCUGGGGAGUGCCAGGACAAAACAAACAAACUAGCUAUCAGCUUCAAUCAAGCUGGAAGUAAGAUGCUGAAAGAGUUGUCAGGCAACCUUCCUAAUGCCAGCUUCAAAUUUGGAGAUGCUUAUGAUGUCGUCGAUGCUGUGAUAACCAAUCCACAAAAAUAUGGAUUCAAUAAUUCAGACUCCCCCUGUUGCUCAUUUGGGAAGAUCCGACCUGCUCUUACAUGUGUCCCUGCAUCGAUUUUGUGUGAAGAUAGAAGCAAGUAUGUGUUUUGGGAUGAGUAUCACCCAUCAGAUAGUGCUAAUGAGCUUAUUGCAACUGAGCUCAUCAGAAAAUUUGGAUUUUUGCCCGUCAAUGCAACAAAUGCUCCUUCCCCAGGGCCAGCAGUUGAUGCUCCUUCCCCAGGGCUAGCAGUUGAUGCUCCUUCCCCAGGGCUAGCAGUUGCUCCAUCUCCAGAAGGAUAAUUCUUAAAACUUAAUUUCUAAGUAUCCAUAAGAGAAACUAUCUUCUUUGAAUUCCUGUUGAUUUGUUAUCAGAUAAUAAUAAUUAUUUGUAUAAGGUUAUGAAUUUAUUUGAUGUUGUGUGUAAAGGAAAAUGAGAGUGCACACAUUUGAGACACCAGCUACAAGAUUCUGAUGCAAUUUGUCAUCUCCUUGGAUUCAUCUUCUUGUAGUUCCAGUCAUAAGAUAUUAAUUAAAAAUAUAUUAUGGCAUUGCCAUAGUCAA